CUCCGCUCCCUCACAGACCCAGCGCGUGGACAUAUCCUGCCUUUUAGCUGUGCAUAUCAGUUCUGUGGGCGCCGGACAUCCCUGCGGCUGCUCUGCGACCUCUCACCACACGAAGACCCUCCGCCGUGAGGAGGAAUGCAUGUAAAGCAUGCAAGGGCAUGGAGCCAGCAGCAGCACCGAGCAUCGUCCAGUAGUGAGAAGGCUAGCCAGUGAGGUGAAGCUGGUCCUCUGCAUUAGCGAGCCAUUUCUGAUUCAGACACAUCUCCAGCACACGUUAAGCCUUUUUGCGUAGACAGCCAUCAGCGGUAGAUAAACAUUGGUAGCUACGUGACCUGAGCGAUGCUUUCCUCCUCUGGGAUUAACGCCGUGUUAUCAGGACCUCCACAACCUAUUGAGAGCGAUUUGUAAUUAAGGGAAGGCAACCAGAUGCAACACGUUGCUGGCUGACUAGCUGCACUACCAGGACCUCAAGGUGUCAUUCAGCCCCAGACUUUGUUCAUGGGAUGAGGGCCUCCUCUGUGUGCUGCUGUAUCGCCCCUGCGCUGUCUGGCCUGUCCUCUCUCCCUCCCUCUGCUCUCACUCUGGGCUCCUGACGCCUCUCAGGGCUCAUGCGGCGUUUCGUCUACUGUAAGGUGGUGCUGACCACCUCGCUGGUCUGGGUGCUGGUGGACGUCUUCCUGCUGCUCUACUUCAGCGAGUGUAACAAAUGCGAUGACAGGAAGGACGGCUCCCUCCUGCCUGCUCUCAGAGCGGUGAUGUCUCGUACUCAUGAGGGUCCAGGGGAGAUGGGGAAAGCUGUGAUCAUCCCUAAAGAGGACCAAGAAAAAAUGAAAGAGCUCUUUAAAAUCAACCAGUUCAACCUGAUGGCCAGCGACAUGAUUGCACUCAACCGGAGUCUGCCUGAUGUCAGACUGGACGGCUGUAAGACGAAGGUGUACCCCGAUGACCUUCCCAACACCAGCAUUGUGAUCGUUUUUCACAACGAGGCGUGGAGCACUCUACUGCGCACUGUCCACAGUGUCAUCAACCGCUCGCCUAGACACCUGCUGGUGGAGAUUCUACUGGUGGAUGAUGCCAGCGAGAGAGAUUUCCUAAAGAAGAAGCUGGAGGAUUAUGUGAAGACCCUGGAGGUUCCGGUGCGGAUCUUGCGGAUGGAGCAGCGCUCUGGCCUGAUCCGGGCCAGGCUGAGAGGAGCUGCUGCCUCCAGAGGCCAAGUCAUCACCUUCCUGGACGCUCACUGUGAGUGCACGGUGGGAUGGCUGGAACCGCUACUUGCCCGGAUCAAAGAAGACAGGAAAGCUGUGGUCUGCCCCAUCAUUGAUGUCAUCAGUGAUGAGACUUUUGAGUACAUGGCAGGCUCGGACAUGACUUACGGAGGGUUCAACUGGAAGCUGAACUUUAGGUGGUAUCCAGUUCCUCAGAGAGAGAUGGACAGACGCAAAGGAGACCGCACCUUACCUGUCAGAACUCCCACCAUGGCCGGCGGCCUGUUUUCUAUUGACCGAAGCUAUUUUGAGGAGAUUGGCACCUACGAUCCUGGAAUGGACAUAUGGGGAGGAGAGAACUUAGAGAUGUCUUUCAGGAUCUGGCAGUGCGGUGGGUCUCUGGAGAUUGUCACAUGCUCCCACGUGGGCCACGUGUUCCGGAAGGCAACUCCUUACAGCUUUCCUGGUGGAACUGGUCAGGUGAUCAACAAGAACAAUAGACGAUUGGCCGAGGUCUGGAUGGAUGAAUUCAAAGACUUCUUUUACAUCAUAUCACCAGGUGUGGUGCGAGUGGACUAUGGAGACGUGUCUGCCCGUAAGGCUCUGAGAGAAGCUCUGCAGUGUAAACCUUUCUCCUGGUAUCUGGAGAACAUCUACCCUGACUCUCAGAUACCACGCAGAUACUACUCACUCGGAGAGAUCAGAAAUGUGGAGACCAACCAGUGUGUAGACAACAUGGGGAGGAAAGAGAAUGAGAAAGUUGGUUUCUUCAACUGUCAUGGCAUGGGUGGGAACCAGGUGUUUUCAUAUACAGCAGAUAAAGAGAUCCGGACUGAUGACCUGUGUCUGGAUGUAUCUCGUUUGAAUGGACCUGUGGUCAUGCUCAAGUGCCACCACAUGAAGGGCAACCAGAUGUUUGAAUAUGAUGCUGAGCGCCUGACCUUGCUGCACGUGAACAGUAACCAGUGUUUGGACAUGCCCUCGGAGGAGGACAAGAUGGUUCCCACUCUGAGAGACUGCAACGGCAGCCGAUCACAACAGUGGCUCCUGAGAAACAUGACCUUAAGUAUGUGAACUGGACAUGUUCUGACCCAAGCUAAGAGCACAGGACUUUUCCUCAGUCAUUACUGGAGUUUGGCAUGGUCUUUAACCUGCACCUUGGAUCUGCAGUGUGGGUUGCUCCAGAACUGAAUCUGCUUUGACCUGACCCAUAAAGAGCAUGUGUCCCAGAACUCAGAGUCCAAUACAGAUUUAGAUGCAGAGUGUUUGGAACUGAGCCUGCGUCUCCGGUCAUCUUCUCUGAGUCUGUCAUCAUGCAUUUUCCCACAGCUCUCAGCUCAAGUGUUGCUGGAACUCUUGCCUUGGGAACAGGCCACUACUAGUCGUUGGCCAAUGGUAUCCUACUUUCCACUCGUCACUAGCAUAGCCUGGGGCGUGAAAGAGCUAAAGCCAGAAGCCAUAAUCCAGUAGCAUCUGCUCUGGCCACUCUGGCUACACUCAGAGUGGCCUCCAUCUGGAGCUAUUCCGAAGACUGAUCAUUAUUCUGUGGCUCAGAUGCUUGCUGGGCCUGAGAACUCUGGCGACUGUUAUACUUUGCUGUCAACUCUGUACUACACCACCCACAAUUCUUGAACUUCCACAAGACAAGCGUUUUGCCAGU